AUGCAGCGGCGGAAGGCGAAGGGAUCUGCUCGCCGGCGACCGGUCCGGCGGUGUAGUAGCACAGGUGGCCAGCGAUUUGAUGCGGCGUGCGGCGUGCGGCGCCCAGGCGAAACGUCGGUGAGAAAGAGUGUUGUGCUGUAUCACUUCGUUUAUACGUAUCCAAGCAUAUCCGAUACGUAUCCGCGUAUCCGACCGUGUCCGACCCCCGAGCUCGGUAACCAGCGACACAAGGAGCAGGCGGCGUUCAACACGAAAGUAUCGCAUGAGCUCCAGGCGGUGCGGAAGCAGAUUGACCUCACCCAGGCGGAUGUUGACGAGGCGCGGCAAGGGGCAUCACCAGUGGGCUUGCCUGCGCCCUCCCAGAUCGCGGCGGCGGCUUUUGGAGCGGUGUCGCAGGGGGCACAGCCAGAUGUCGCGGGCCAGGCCCGACUCGCCGACGACGGACCACCACUCAUACCGGAGCGUCCCCAAGCUCAACUGGGCGCAGCGACGCAAGCACGACAACAUCAUUAUGAGGCAUACAACGGCUACCGUGGUCGUCAGCAAUACCAUCAGGUGUACAACGAUGACCAUGAUUCCUUCGUCAAGCCGCCCAAGCAUGACUUUCCCAGGUUUGAUGGCCACUUGCCCAGUCUCUGGAUUGAUAGAUGUCUGUCAUAUUUUGAGCUCUAUCAUACUCCUGCCAUCAACUGGGUUACAACUGCAUCUCUGUAUUUGGAUGGGCAUGCUGCAUUAUGGUGGCAGGCAUUUCACCAGAGUCACAUGACAAUUACUUGGGAGAUGUUCAGUCGAGCUCUGCAGGAAGAAUUUGGUCCUGACGAGUUUGAGGUGCAGAUGCAUGCCUUGCUGCAACUGAGGCAGACAGGGACUGUCACUUCUUAUCGUCUCCAAUUUGAGACAUACAUGCAUCAAUUGUUGGCUAUGGAUCCAGGGCUGAGCACUAAAUUCUUUAUGACACAGUUACGGGCAGACGUCAGAAUUCAGGCUCCAACAAGCAUAACCAGAGCAAGUGUAUUUGCACGUAUUCAAGAGGAAGAAUUAGAGGUUAAUCGUCCGCGCCCGUGA